AUGAACAAAUUGAAUGAAAAGAAAAUGGAAGACAAAUUUUUUUUUCUGCCAGAAAAGAUAGAUCCCACACCCAGUGCCACCCUAACCCUAGCAAAAGACUUCCGCAAACGGAUUAUUGCAGCCAUCACAGAUGGCGACAAUGUGCAAGAAGUCGAAGAAUUCUUCAAUGUGUCAAAGGACGAUUAUCAUUAUGUUUUAGAUGCAAUCGAUGAUGAGAAAAUGACGCGCAAACUAGCAUAUGCUUCAGAACUGAAACUUCUGACUGUCACCCUGCCUAAUCGACUACAUCAAUCAUACCCGGCCCCAAUGAGUGCCACACUACUUGGCGCCGUGGGGUCAAUAGGUGUUCCCUACCACUUCGGACAGAUCCGUAUGCAAAACGACGUCGCGAUACUGAGUGCCAUCGGCAAGAAACUCGGAAUACCAGAUAUGUUGAUGGAAUACAAGGACCCGAGUGGAGAUUGUAUCCCACUGUGGGCUGCUGAGAUCAGCGUAUCACAGACGAAGAAAUCCACCAGGGGCCAACUCAGAGAUUACAUGAAGAGUCACAAGGAUCUCCUCACUAUCUCUUUGGUUGAUGUGAACCGACGCCACUAA